UGGCCGACUCCCUCAAAGAGAGGCAAGGAGAGGUGGUGAGGCCAAGGGAUGUGGUGCACCGAACUCUAUUGUUCGUUUGGUGUUCUCAAGUGAGGUGGGUAGAAAUGAGAUGGACCAUCUGCUAUGCAGGGCUGUGGACCUGACGGGGAUUGCCCAGCUAUCUAGCUUUUUCCCCAUGCUGGCCAUCGUCGAUAGAUUGAGCCCACGAAGAAGAUUGAUCAAAAAGUUGUUCCAUAUUUGGGAGGGGAUGAUCAAUGAGCGGAGGGAGAGCAAGGGUGAAUCUAUUGGGGCAAAGUCUCCACAUGAUUUUCUCAGUGUAUUGCUUAGUGCUGAGUUCAGUGAUCCACAGGUCAAUGCGUUGCUUCUGGAUAUCUUCGUUGCAGGCACUGACACUGCCACUACAACAAUUGAGUGGGUCAUGGCAGAGUUGAUCAAGAACAAACCGAUCCUGGAAAACCUUCGCUCUGAACUCGAAAGGGAGAUUGGAGAAGACAUAGUGAGGGAGUCCCAUCUACCUCAUCUUCACUAUCUUCAUGCAUGCAUAAAAGAGACUCAAAGGUUGCACCCUGCUGUUCCUCUUCUCGUUCAUGAAGCUCUGCAAACGUGUGAAACGAUGGACUGCACCAUUCCAAAAGGUUGCCACGUGCUGGUGAAUGUCUGGGCCAUCGGAAGAGAUCCAGAGACAUGGGAGGAUCCAUUGACAUUCUCGCCGCAGCGAUUUAUCGACUCUUCGAUGGGAUACAAAGGAAAUGAUUUCAAGUUCAUACCAUUUGGUGAGGGGAGAAGGAGCUGUCCAGGAGUGCCACUGGUUAACCAAAUUGUUCCCCUAAUUUUGGCUUCGCUCAUACACAGCUUUGAGUGGUCGAUGCCCCAUGGGAUGGACUCUGGUCACUUGGACAUGGACGAGAAGUUUGGGCUGACCUUGCACAAGCGUCAUCCUCUCCUCCUUGUUCCAAGAGCAAGGAAUUGAUGCAUGCACUAGCCACUGCAGGGUAUCUAUGCUCCUCUAUCAGCAGUGAGAUAACUAUUCUAGAACCGUACUAUUUCAUGCUUCACUUGCAGUAAAUUAUAGAAGCUUAUGGUUGAUUGGAUAGUAAAGUGUCCUAAAGUUCUCUUGGUACGUGAUGCAAAUAAGUAUAGAAAGCAUUAG